CCAGGUUGUAAAGAAAUGGAAGUGGCUGCAAUUGCAGAGGAAUCCAUCCAGUUACAGCCAGUGAAAUUGCCGGAGCCUUGGGCAGAGAUCACCUGGAAGGUCACACUAGACUCAGCAGAGACGUAUCGGAUUGUAACAUUUAAUAAAGGGGAACCCCCUGACCUUGGGUCAUCCCCACAUUUUAUCAACAGAGUCACUUUCCACCCUGAGAAUCUCUCACUGCAGAUUGAUCCCGUUAAGAAGUCAGACAGUGGCCUCUAUACCUUGAUCAUUGACAUUGGAGGAGGCCGUGUCGACAUCACAAAGUUCCGUGUCUCUGUGUUUGACCGAGUGCGGCAGCCAAACCUCACGGUGCUCUCUGCCCACCCGGAGCUCGGCCAGUGCAACGUUACCCUGUCCUGCUCGGUGCCUGGCGCUGACAGAGUCACCUACAGCUGGUCCCGAGGCACGUCCCGGAUACCGUCUGACAGGGACCAUCAGUUCCCUGGGAGCCAAUCCCUGCUGCACGUAGUGAUUAACGCAGACAGCAGUGACGUCUUCUACCGAUGUAACGCUAGUAACCGAGCCAGCUGGGCCGCAGACACUGUAGAUGUCAAAUCAUUGUGUGACUCCCCAGACACAGGUUCUGCGAGCAGCCCAGCGAGCUAUUGCCAGGUGAAGGGGAUUCUCCUGCUGGUGGUGCUGGGCGCCCUGGUCACAGCCAUCGUCACGGUGCACGUCCUCAGCCGGGACAAAGAGAGGCUGGAUUGAGCCGAAGGGCCAGUGCAAGGAGCUUUCCUUGCUGCUUGGGGCGACGUCUGCCUCUGCAACGGGGUCUUUUCACUCCCCUACUGCAAACGGGAGCCGCAGCAGCACAGCUGUCGAUGGGCCUGGGUUUGGAGCCAUCCCUGCUCCUUUGCCCGGCCGUGCUGGGGCUCAGCAUCCGGAGCCCCCUACACCUGACUGCGAAUGGGUCGCCACCACCUCCUGGCUGGGCACGGUGCUGCUGCUGCUCUGCCUCAGUUUCUCCAGUAUAUGUCUCCCCACCUGCUCUGACUGGCUCAGCUCUCUGGCUGGGUCAGUGCGGAAGCUCAGCCCCCUUCCAGGGUAUCAGAGUCCAACCACACACAAGACAUAGGAGCCUUUGUCCCAGCUGGGCUGAGUUCUCUGCCCCUUUCCCGUUACCCGUCUGCCCACCCCCUGGACUCAGCUCGCAGUCGCUCUCCUGCCCCUGCAGGGCCCUGCGUUAGGAAUCACCCCAGGCACUUCCAAGCUGUCCCCUGGCAGGGCCUUCUGUCCCCCCAGGGAGGCCCAGUCAGGCCUCCCAGUUCCAAUCCCUCGCCCAGCUCCCCUCUCCCCUGAGGGCUGUUGGGUCCCUGCUCCUUCCCAGCCAGGGUCUCCCCUUUCCUAGCGUCUCCCUUCCAGCCUGGCCCUGCUACAGGUGCGGCAGGCAGAGCUGACUGGGCUCCCAGCAGCCUAGUGACCCCAUGAGCUCCCCGUGGUGUUUGGAAACCCCCCACCCCGCAGCAACGUCCGCCCGGGUGCUGGAGCGACUCCGCAGGGGUCCCCGGAACACGCACUGGGAGUUAAUACACACGCGACCCGUCCGGGGGAGCUCACUGCUAGUGAGACCACGUGGUGGUUACAGGUCCCAGAUACAGGGGAAUUCAGUGAUUCUCGGGAGCACCCGGAAUGACCCACAUACCUAACACAGGUCUGGAGACCAGUCAUUGCACUAGCAGGG